AUGUUGCUUUCCAAAGGCAUGCCGGUGCUCCAGGUGAGACUGAGCUACCUUCUAUUGACUGCAGUAACUGUUGGUUUCCUAUUUCAUGCCACGACACUUCAUCAACAAGGGCAGACCUUUACGGUUGAUCUGCCGGACUCGACCCCAGUUGGGGAUCUUUUGCCAGAGGAAGAAUACUUCGAGAGGCUCAUUGACCGCUAUGUACUUACCAACUUGACGAAAUGGCAAGCUUGGAGAGUGCAAACCUCUGACAAGCCCUUGACCAUUGGUUCAAUUACCGAUGUACACACAGACUUUCAGUCAAACCGGGAUGCUCCGAAAGUCAUCGAUGUCAGCAACCCUAGCCCUACCGAUUUGCACGCGUCAAAGGGGUUGGAGCUUGCAACUUAUACCGACGAGGCACAUGAUAGACUAUACGCAUCACCGCUCAUGUUCGGCGUAUCCACUACGUAUAAACGAAUCACUGAAAAAGAUUGGGCUAUCCUACGAGCAUGGAAACGUUGGUUGACCAAAGGCGACGGAACCAGCAACGGCGCCACUCUAGUUCUCAUGCUUGACAAUGCCACCGAGGAACAACUUGAUGAGAUUGACAAGGAGCUUGAAGAAACGGGUAUUGAUGUAUACACAACUUCCACCUCUGAGGCCACAUCUAAAAGCCGGAGAUAUUACGAAUUGAUUCGGGUCAUGAAAUCAUAUGGUGCCACCAUCGCCGCAAGUGGCCAAGAGAAGCAUUGGUUCGCAGUCAUAGAGGACACUGUCUUUUUCCCGAGCCUAUCCUACCUCAAAGAACGACUUUCAACUUUCGAUUUCAGCAAGCAGUUGUAUCUCGGUAUCCCUAGUGAAAAGAUGCUCUGGCAUCAAGACGGCGGAUCUGCCACAACAUACGGUGGAGGGGCGAUAUUCUUGACCAAGGACGCCGUAUCUUUGAUUCCCAAGCUACCUUGCUUGAGAAUCGACGCAGCCGCUAAGCCCUCCUUUCAUGGACAGAGAUGGGAUGCGAUGUUGAGGCGGUGUCUUGAGAAGCAGGCAGGCGUUGACAUGCAUGUCAUUCCAGCACUCCACCCACCGCAUGAUAGUCAUGAAGCCCGUGUCGAGAGCCACGAAACUGGCACACGACCGCUGUUGCUACACGACUAUGCAUACCCACACCACCUCGAUGUGGGCAUGGCACACUUGGUGACUGACGCGUGUGGUGAGGCAUGCUUCAUGCACCAAUAUUUAUUCCACGACAACUGGGUCAUCACCAACGGCGUGUCGAUAAGCCACCACCCUGAUGGACUCGGUCACCGCCACCGCCACAAGGCCUUGGUGAAAGAAAUGUUUAAAGAUACCCGGAAGACUGCUAUUUCCGAUCAAAUAGUCAUUGACGAAGACGAGGUUGAGAGAAGGUCAUUGAACUUGACAGGGCAGCGGAGAGACAUAUGGGGGCUAUUGGAUUCAGUAAAGGCUUCCGACGGAACAGUAUGGCAAGCUUAUAUGAAGAGGGGAGUGAGGUCCACGAAGGCGGACAAGGAAGAGUCGGACGGACUCAGGGAACUUGAUUCCGUUAUUGUCUUGAUUUGGGAAAAGAAACAGCGUUAG